AUGCCUGGACUCAUUAACAAGGAGAAUCGGAGUGCUCUGCCCCUCAGUGUCUCUGACAUCACUUCCUGUGUCAGGGGUUAUACUCUGGCCCUGACAGCUUCUAUGACCUAUGAAAAUAUUGAAGAUCAUGCAAUCGAGGGAAUCUUCAUUUAUCCACUGGAGGAAAAGUCCAUUGUUGUAGGGUUUGAGGCUAUGAUAUCCAGUCAGAUCAUAACACUGCAAAUCAAAGACAAGGCAAAAAUUGAGGACUGUUAUCUCGAUUGCUACAACACAUCUAAUGGAGCUCUCCAGAGUGGCAGUGGACACAUAGUGUUGGAUGAGGAUUUGGAGGCGACAGUGUUAGUGGUUAACCUUGGGAUCAUCCCUCCUAUGGAGACGGUCCAUAUUCUGGUCAGCACCUCUUCUGAGCUCUCAACCCUGCCCAGCGGGGGCAUCAGGGUGUCAACCCCACCGGUGUGUACGCCUCGAGUACAGAGGACCAUCAAUGAGGAGCAGGGACUGUCCCCCAACUUCUCCAGAACGCGGGACAGGCAUACCAGUGCCUCAAGUCCUCAUGAUCAAACUCCCAACUCCCCUCAGCUGUGGUUGGCUUCACUGCUGGAGGAGGAGGCCAUCAACUCCAUGGACUACAAAUUUAACUUCCAGUUAGAGAUACGCGCUCCUUAUCUCCUCGCAGGUGUAGAGAGCCCCUCUCAUGCAAUCCGAGCUGAUGCGGACCCUCUGGCCCGCUCUGCCACCAGUGUCGUCAUUACUCUGGCGGACAAAUACACUUACGACUGUCCUGUCAAAAUCCUCAUUUACCCGAGCGAGCCUCAUCUGCCACAUGUGCUCAUUGAGAACGGAGACAUGACACAGGAGGAGUAUGAUGAGUAUCUUCAUGGCCGGAGUGAUUUCAUCAAGGCCACCAAGAAGGACUCCAGCAAUGAGAGGAAAGUUGAUAUCAUUCACAGGCGGCUGCAUAAGGACAUCCUUCACAACCCUGUGGUUAUGUUGAACUUUUGUCCUGACCUCAAGUCUAUCAGCUCAGAUCUGAGGAAGGUUCACGGCGAAUUUAUCUUCCUCAUUGACCGCAGCGGCAGCAUGAGCGGGGUUAACAUCAACCGUGUGAAGGAUGCCAUGGUGGUGAUUCUCAAGAGCCUCGUGCCUGGAUGCCUUUUCAACAUCAUAGGCUUCGGCUCUACAUUCAAAUCGCUUUUCACAACCAGCCAGAAUUAUGAGGAGGAGGCUCUGGCCGUGGCUUGUGAGUAUGUCAGGAAGAUCAGAGCUGACAUGGGGGGCACCAACAUCUUGGCACCGCUCAACUGGAUCCUGAGGCAACCGAUGUCCAGUGGACACCCACGCCUGCUCUUCCUGCUCACCGACGGAGCCGUCAGCAACACAGGCAAAGUUAUCGAACUGGUCCGCAGACAUGCACGCUACAUCAGAUGUUUUACGUUCGGCAUAGGGCAGAAUGCUUGCAGGAGGCUGGUGCAGGGACUGGCGACAGUUUCUAAAGGAACGGCAGAGUUCCUGGCCGAGGGAGAGAGGCUGCAACCCAAGAUGAUAAAGUCCCUGAAGAAAACCAUGUCUCCAGUGCUCAGUGACAUUUCCAUUGAAUGGCUCUUCCCUGAGACCAAGGAAGUGCUUCUGUCCCCGGUGGGCAACACCUUCCUGUUUCCAGGGGACAGUUUGAUUGGCUACAGUGUGGUUUGUGACACCACACGCUACCACACCAACCCCAAAUCUGAUAAGAGGAGGCGAUACAGCAUGAUGCGCUCCAUUGAGUCGGCCAGCUCUGUGUUUUACCACUCUCAAGAGGAGGACCAGGUGAAGACAAGUGUCGACAGUCAGGGCUCCUACAGGGAAACAGCCUCCGGCCCUCUGUAUGACUCCUACCAGGACUCCGUGAUAGAUGGCAGCCCUGUAACCACAGAGCAAGACACCAUGGGGUUGGGUAAUACAUCACCAAGAAGGCGGGCGUACAGCACCAACCAGAUAAUAGACUACAACCCGGCUAAGAGGGUCUACACUCCCAGUGACCCCAGCUCUGUGGUGGCUAAGAAUCCACUGAGGAGAGCCAAGGUCCAGGAGCUGGUCGGCCAGAUGAGCCCUGAGCAUGAGGCGCAGUGGAAGAACGACUACCAGCCACAGCUGGCAAGCCUGUGCGCCACAUCUUCCAGAGGGCGUCCUGCCAGCUGUCACAGGCCUCUCCCUCAGCAGGAGCCGCUUCUGCAGCAGGAAGCCGAUUCAGAGCCUCAGGACAACCCACAGCCCAGCAGCGGCGGCGGCGGCGUGCUGCCAGCAGCUCGCAACACCGCUGGGGAAGACGGAUCCAGAUCCUCCACCGACAGCCCAUCUGUUGGCAGUGUCGGAGAUACAGAUGGUUACGGACACCAGUUAUGUCAAGCAGAAACCCCACAGGAGAACCGAAUAUCAGAUCUGGGUGCUGCCAACCAGCACAAAGGUGACUGCAAGGCCGUGGUGUCCGGACUGCUGUGUGGGAAACCGAUGAAGUGGGAAGUGGUCUUCGAUAUCGAGCCAUUCCUGAACGGACGGGAACGUGAGGAAAAGGUUCACGAGGAGCUGUGGAACGAGACCUUCCACCACCUGGCUGGACACUCCAUCAUACACGAUUUUGAGCAGAUGGCGGACAAAGAGUGUGAGAUUGAACACGGCUCUGGCAGGAAGUACCAGCUAUAUGCUAUUCACACCAGCAAAGCCUGCAAUAUACUGAGCAAAUACACAGCGUUUGUUCCCAUCGACCUGGACACUAAUGAGUAUUUGCAGACAUGUAUUGAAUACAUAAACCCCGGUGAGGGUCUGAAGAGGGGCUCACACUCCAGCUCUCGUUCAGGGAGCAGGAAGAACAGAGGUUACUCCAUUGGACUGGGUCGCUCUCAGUCUGGCGGCAUGUCAGAGGAAGCUGAAGACAUCCUGCAGCCCAACAAGGAUGGUGUCUCUCCAUGCAGCACUCCCUCCUCCGCUGGCUGGGAGAGAUGUAGCUUCACAGAGGUCUCCCAGAGGAGUCCGUCUGUGACCUCUGACCAAUCACAGAAAUCAGUGGAGAGCAUUUUUUCUGCCAGGCUGGCCCUCAGCAGGACUCGUCUGCUGACUCGAGCUGCCAAAGGAUUCAUGUGUCGAUCUCACAGCAAGUCUGGUGAUUCAAUUGGAGAAAGCGACAACGAGAACAAAGACUACAUUCCUCUGCUGUUGUUGCAGUUGGCUAGUGGAGCAUUUCCCCUGGACACAGCUCUGUGUGAUGCCAUCAACGUGCCCAUGGACAAGCUAAAGUGGACGUCCCCCUUCACCAGCCACCGCACCAGCUUGGGCCACUUGUCUCACUCCAGCAGCCGCAGAGCUGAAAGUGCCGAUGACGGGCACAGAUCACUGUGUGAGCCAGAAACAUAUCAGCAACCUGCAGAGAAAACUGCAGGCAUCGACAGUCCUUCUCAUCUGUCCAAGAGUGCCUGGACGGAUGCGGGUCCUUCCUCAUUAGGAAGUCCGUCCACCGCUGCUGAGCCCCCACUCUCCCCGCACUCCCAGGUGGACAGUGGACGGAGCUCUGGGUCAGGGGGCUUAGAAACAGCAUCGCCCGGCGGUGUGCUUAAGAGGAUGCUGAAUCCAGAGAGCAUGGUGUGGGCCACAGCUGUGGCCCUCGCCUGGCUGGAGCAUAGCUCUGCCAGUUAUUUCAUAGAAUGGGAACUGGUAGCCGCCAAGGCCAGCAUGUGGUUGAGUGCACAGGACAUCCCAGAAGGCCGAGAUUUAGCCUCCAUCAAGGCUGCUGCCAACCAGCUCUUCAUCAUCCUCAGACACUGGGAUGAAAACCUGCAACUGAACAUGCUCUGUUACAACCCUAACAGUGUCUAG